CGACUCCGAAAGGUUGUUGUUGAAGUCGCACAUCUGCGUGGUGUAACGUACGUGUUUCAAAACCUCUACACAGUUAAAGCUCUCUGUUUGUUUCUGUUACUAAGGCAGAUAUGAGAGUACAUAUAUGACUGUGUAUUGGACUGAAGGAUAGGUUACAGACAGUUUACCAUGAAGCCAUCAUUUACUCUGAUUAUAUCGGGGUUGUUCGCUGCCUAUUUAACACAUUCUAUUUGGACUAUGUACACCUUGUUCCACCCAUCCCAGUGCACAAGUCCAAAGCCUUGUCUGCAGCCAUUCAUUGCAAGCAAACCAGCAUUGAAGAUGCAUGUUUACACAUCUCAGACUAAGAACAUUAGAGAGGGUAAAUUGAAUCUCGUCUGGCAAUAUGACAACUUUUCCAUUGCUGUACCAGAGACCAGAACAUUCAAUGUUAGUAUUCCUGUGAAGACUCGCCAGAAUGGAACCUUAUUUGCCCAUGUGUUUGUGUUUCCUCGCGGAGAAAAUCCACUUAGCUCUGUUCAUCGAUCUUAUCAGUCAUCAGCUCUGACAACAUAUACAUAUCCACGGUCUCAAACCUUCAACCUUCUUACUGAGGAUCAAUCUGCAGUAAAUGUAACAGAACCUGUGAAGAUGAGGCCGGUGACUCACUGGAGACAGAAGCUUGCAAUCUCUGUACUGGAUGAAGAAGUGUCAAUAGAUCAGACUGCCAUACCAGGAGAGAUUUACCCACUCCUCAGUAUGUCUCGAGAUGGCAGCUACUUGCCUGUACUCUACAUUGAUGUGCUGAGUAAUAGGGUACGAGAUUUAACUCCGGUGAAUAAAACUUCCCAGAAGUUGCCUUUGGAGAUCAGUUACACCCCUAUAUCAUUCGGGAAACUGCGAUUAUGGAGGAAUAUGGAGGAGUCCAUCAAAAUUCUUCAAUCACUGGGGUUUUCAGAGAAGGAUACAGAUGAAAUCAAAGGGAUAUUUGCAGAUACAAACUUUUAUUUCCUAAUUCUGACAUUCAUUGUGGCUGCUGUUCAUUUGCUUUUUGACUUUUUGGCCUUCAAAAAUGACAUUAGUUAUUGGAAGAAUCGAGAGACCAUGGUUGGACUGUCUACCCGAGCAGUUAUAUGGCGUUGUGUGAGCACACUGAUCAUCUUUGUCUACCUGAUGGAUGAAGAGACGAGUUUGUUAGUGUUAAUACCAGCUGGUAUAGGCACACUGAUUGAGAUGUGGAAAGUAAAGAAAGCAUUUAAGGUGAAGGUACACUGGACCGGAUCAAAGCCUUCAAUAGAAUUUGGUGGGACUUCAGAUAAAGAGAAGGAGACAAACCAGUUUGAUUCUCAGGCCAUGAAAUACCUGUCCUAUGUGCUGUAUCCACUGUGCCUAGCAGGAGCAGUCUAUUCCCUAUUAUACCUUCAGUACAAAAGCUGGUAUUCAUGGUGUAUAAACAGUCUAGUUAACGGUGUUUAUGCAUUUGGAUUUUUGUUCAUGCUGCCACAGCUGUUUGUAAAUUAUAAGUUAAAAUCUGUGGCACACCUGCCCUGGAGAGCAUUCAUGUAUAAGGCCUUUAAUACAUUUAUUGAUGACAUCUUUGCCUUUAUCAUCACCAUGCCGACGGCCCAUCGCCUGGCUUGUUUCCGUGACGACAUUGUUUUCCUUGUGUACUUAUACCAGCGCUGGUUGUACCCUGUAGACAAGAAGAGAGUGAAUGAGUAUGGCGUAUCCUAUGGUGACGAGGAUUUAAACGAGCAAUCAAAAGCAAAUCCGUCAAAAUCAAAGAAAGAUUAAAGACAUCUCAAAAAACAGCUGAUUUAGCAACAGAUUGUGAAGUGGUGUCAUCUAUGCAUUGUGGGCCUUCAAGGGGCGAAUGAGUUGGUCACAUCAUGAGAGUGCUGUAUACAUCAUACUGUUAGUAUCCAUACGACUACUUUUUUGUAUGAGAAGCUAAAUAAAUGCCUAGAUGACAGUGCUGGUCAUGGGGAGAUCAAGGGUUUCAGUUCUUCGUAUAAUUGCUUAAUUUUUGAACGCUUUUUACGACAGAUGUCACUUUGAAUAUCUCAACAGCAUUUCUAAUGUUGACUGAGCAUUUUUGAUUUGCAUGGGUUAACAUUCAUGAUGGUCAGCAAACCUUCAGAGAGAUUUGUCACAUACUUUGUUAUAUCAGAGGAAGAAGUUAUCAUCUAUCAUUUAUUACAUUUGCCCUUAGCGUAAUGACCCAGGAGCCUCUCACCAAUGCUGUCGCUGUGAGUUCAAGUUCAGCUCAUGCUGGCUUCCUCGCCGGCCGUACAUGGGAAAGUCUGGCAUCAACCUGCGGAUGGUUGUUGGUUCACCAGGCUCUGUCAGGUGUCCUCCCACCAUAAUGCUGGCCGCCAUCGUACAAGUGAAAUAUUGUUGAGUAUGGCGUAAAACACCAAUCAAAUAAAUAAAUAAAUUACAUUUGCCUGCACCCUGCUUUUCAUCACACUUUCAUGAUGAGUUAAGAGAUUUUCACAGGCACAGUGAUUUUCCUGACCAUUUAAUGCAUGUAGUAAGUUUGUCAAACAUCAGCUCAACCGUUAUGUUUGCAAACUUGUGUGCAGUACUAUGACAUACCAGCACACACAGUUUGCACUUUGCAGUAUCACGUGUCAAAAUUCAAACUAGCAUUAGGCUAAGGCUCUGUCGCCAUGGUAAUAUGUGUAGUAAAUUUGUCAAACUUCAGCUCAAAAAUUAUAUUUACAAACAUUCAUGUAGUACUGUGACAUACCAACACACACAGUUUGCACUUUGCUGUAUCAUCUGUCAAAAUUCAAACUAGCUUUAGGCUAAGGCUCCGUCGCCAUGGUAAUAUGUGUAGUAAAUUUGUCAAACUUCAGCUCAAAAAUUAUAUUUACAAACAUUCAAGUAGUACUAUGACAUACCAACACACGAAGUUUGCACUUUGCUGUAUCGCUUCUCAGCAUUAUGUGAAGUCUUGGCAUUUUGUCAACACGGGAACCUCCAGGGGGUGGGUUGUAAUACAGGGCAUGCUUCUGUCCAGACCAAAUACAAAUUUAUUAGGGGUCAGGUUUAAGAGAAGAAAAUAUACAUUAAUACCAAUUUAUAAUGUAUGUGUGAUAGUAUUAUCCAGUCAGUGCCCUGGCUCUUAUCACCGGCCCGGAUAGCACAGUUGGUAGAGCGUCCGCUUCGGGGCCGGUAGAUCCAGGAUCAAUCCUUGAUCGAGUCACACCUAAGACUUUAAAAGAGGAAGUUGUAACUUCCUCGCUUGGCGUUCAGCAUGAAGGGGAUAGUGCAACGACUGGUUGACCCGUAUCAGUAUAAUGGCUCGGGCGGGGCGGCUUACUUGCCUUCGGUAAGUCGUCUCAGUGAAGCAGCACUAAAUAAAAGAGCGGUGGAAAUCCGUCCUGCAACAAGGAGGCACAUUACGCGUACAUGCACCCUAAUGAUUCCUUCGUCGUCAUAUGACUGAAAAAUUGUUGAGUACGACGUUAAACCCCAAGCACUUACUCACUCCCUGGCUCUUAUCAGUUUGAAGUCAAAUCUUCGACCAAAUUCAGUGAAUUGGACAUUUGUAACCUGCAAGAGGACAAACUGUCUUAUUAUUUCUUUGUCAGUAAUACGUCAUGAGAUGCUUUUAAUGAAAUCUAAAUAUUCAGUUGUUCAGGGCAAGCACAAAAAUAAAAUUUGACCAAUUUUCAGAAUGGUUUGUGUCAUUUUUUUGCCAGAAGUGAAGAUAUUGAAUUUUUGGAAUUUUACUACUGAAUUCUCAUACUCU